GACAAAGACUUCAAUAUAGUUGAAUUGUUGACUGAAUAGAACAAGUUGCCAUUCAAGAGACGGACAAGAAGCGAUCGAGAGAAAGUGACAUGAAGAAAUGUGGACCUGGCCAGCAACCUUUGUAGGAAAUACUCCCUCCGUUCACACAUGUAAGAUGUUUUGGAUAUUUCAGUAUGGACUAUAUACGGAAUGAAAUGAGUGAACAAACACACUAAAAUGCGUCUAUAUACAUCCAAAUCAAAUUUUUUUACUCAGUUCCAUAUUAAUUGUCGCUGAUUUAGUACAAAGUUGUACUAAAUCAACGACAAUUAAUAUAGAUCGGAUGGAGUAGAACAUCUUAUAAUAGUGAACUGAGGGAGUAGCCAAAUCGUUGUCACCACACAAUUGGAAGUUUGAAACAAGUAGGGGUAUGUUUUUUUGACUUAUCUACUAUGUAAUGGAUGGUCAGAUUAAGCAAUGAGUGGCCCAAAUUGAAUGAUGUCUUGGGAGUCUGGACCUUAUUUCAGGAGUAUACAUCAUCCAGCUGAAAUAAAAGAUAAUUCUACAACGCGCAUAUUUAAGAAACAAAGACAUUACAGCUAACCAUUGAUUGACUGGUUGACAAACAAGAGCAAAUUAUCACCCUCAACAAAAGGACAAGCACCUAUCAGUGUCGUAUUGAAUUAUAGAAGUAUAUUGCUUCCUCUAGUUGGUUCCUAUAUACAGUAGCUGAGUAGCAUCCAUUUGUGUACAUUCUAAAGAUCAACUAGAGUGCCUCAACAAAUAUGGAAAUACACUCUACCUCUCUGCUUCUUCUAAAUCUGAUUCAUCUGUUUUUGCGGAUCUCGGCUCGUGAAUUCCUCUCGCCAGGCUCCUCUCUCUCCGUAGAGGAUAGCUCUGACGUGCUCCAUUCACCAGAUGGUACUUUCACCUGCGGCUUCAACAAUAUUUCUGGGAGUGCCUUCGUUUUCUCUAUUUGGUUCUCCAACACAGCUCAUGAAAAGACUGUCGUCUGGAGUGCAAAUCAUCUCCACCCCGUGUACUCCUGGGGAUCCAUAGUCAUGCUAUAUGCGGAUGGCGGAAUGGUUGUAAAAGAUUACAAUGGCCAGGCCGUGUGGGAAACCAAUGUCAGCUCUUCAUCAAAAGCCGAACAAGUCCAGUUGUUGGACACCGGGAACCUCAUCAUGAAGGGCCAAGGUGAUAUCAUUUUGUGGCAAAGUUUUGAUUCUCCUACUGAUACAUUGCUGCCAAAUCAGAACAUUACUUCUGCUACAAAAUUGGUAUCUGCUAAUAGGUUACUUGUUCCUGGGCGCUACAGCUUCCAUUUUGAUGAUCAACAUUUACUCACACUGUUUUAUGAUCAGACGGAUAUCUCUUUUAUCUAUUGGCCAGAUCCUAAUAAGAAUAUCUGGGAAAAGCAAAGAAGCUCGUUUAAUACCACCACAAUUGGGGUCCUAGAUAGCUCAGGUUAUUUCCUUGGAAGUGACAAUUUAACAUUUAAGGCGACUGACUGGGGUCUCAAGGUUAUGAGGAGGCUAACAUUGAAUUAUGAUGGCAACCUUAGAUUAUACAGUCUAAAUAAGUCAGAUGGAAGAUGGUCGGUCACAUGGAUGGCAUAUCCUCGGACCUGCUCUAUACGUGGUCUCUGUGGUAUGAAUGGAAUAUGUGUGUAUACACCUAGGCCAGCUUGUGCAUGUGCCCCUGGACAUGAGAUCAUUGACCAAAGGGACCGGAGCAAAGGUUGCAGGCCAAAAUUCAAUCUCAGUUGUGAUGGGCAGGAGAUGUUUGUGAAGCUACACAACACUGACUUCCGAGGUAAUGAUCAAAGUAGCAGUACCUCAGUUUCAUUUCAUACAUGCAAGAAGAUAUGCUUGAACAACUGCAAUUGCAAAGGUUUCUCAUACUGGCAAGGAAGUGGAAGUUGCUUUCCGAAGUCGUCCCUUGUUGGUGGUGUAACCAGCCUGGGUUUGGGUCGUUCUAUCUAUCUCAAGCUUCCUAAGACAUUACAGGUCUCAGAGUCCUCAAUUCCUCACUCACAACCUUUUGGUCAUAGAUAUGCUCCUAACUGUAGUGCAAAGAACAAAAUUUUCACUACAGAUUUUCUGGAUCAACCUAAGAGCAGUCAGAGUGGAUCACACCCACAGUACUUGUACUUGUAUGUAUUCUUGGCAGCGAUAUUUUGUGUAGAGGUAAUAUUUGUGGCAUUCGGAUGCUGGUUUGUGUUGAGAAGGGAGGGCAAGCAGUUAACAGGAGUAUGGCCAGCUGAGGUUGGCUAUGAAAUGAUAACUAACCAUUUCCGCAGAUACACUUACAAGGAGUUGCAGAGGGCAACUCGAAAGUUCAAGGACCAGAUUGGAUGCGGGGCAUCUGGUAUUGUAUACAAGGGGGUCUUGAAAGACAAGAGGGUAGUAGCGGUGAAAAGGUUGGCAGACAUAAACCAAGGCGAAGAAGAAUUCCAGCAUGAAUUGAGUGUGAUUGGAAAGAUUUACCAUAUGAAUCUGGUGAGGGUUUGGGGGUUCUGUUCUGAUGGUCCACACAGGAUAUUGGUCUUAGAGUACGUUGAGAAUGCUUCGUUGGAUAAAACCCUGUUUAGUAGCAAGGCCCCACAGAUCUUACUCGAAUGGAACCAAAGAUUUAAGGUUGCCCUAGGGGUGGCAAAAGGAUUGGCCUAUCUUCAUCAUGAGUGCUUGGAAUGGGUUAUCCAUUGUGACCUGAAGCCUGAGAAUAUACUGUUGGAUGAAAACUUGGAGCCAAAGAUCACCGACUUUGGCCUUGCAAAACUUUUGAACAGAGGUGGAUCCAAUAAAAAUGUAUCGAGGGUCCGUGGAACUAGAGGUUACAUAGCUCCUGAGUGGGUUUCUGGCCAUCCAAUAACAGCAAAGGUAGAUGUCUACAGCUUCGGAGUGGUUCUCCUAGAACUACUCAAGGGGGCUCGUGUUUCAGACUGGGCAUCAAAUGCCGACGAGGAAGUGGAGACAGUCCUUGGAAGGGUCGUUAGGAUGCUUACAGAAAAUCUGAUGCUGGAGCUGGAGGGCAGCCAACAGUUAUGGGUGGCUGACUUCAUUGACUUGAGGUUGAACAGCCAGUUCGAUAACUUGCAAGCGAGAAUGAUGGUCAAGCUGGCUGUUUCAUGCGUGGAAGAAGAUGGUAGAAAAAGGCCCACCAUGGAAAAUGUUGUGCAGAUGCUUCUAUCGGUUGCUUGAUGAAGCUAAGUGGCAUGAUGCAGCAGUAUGCAUGCUACCAACCAAAAAAAAAGAGUUUGAUGUUUGAUAUA